AUGACCACUCAUUCCAGUUCGCACAUCUUCGAGAGCUUUGCUCUCAGGGAGUCGGCAAAUAACGACAACUGUGUCUACGUGAUCCUUCUCGCCAACGCCCUUGGAAAGGGCCAUGGAACACCAUCCCUACGUUUGGGCAUUCAUCAAGUGGGGCACACCGAAGAAUACGAAGGUUCCGACGGUAAAACUGAAUGGACUGGUUUUGGUGAUGACGAAGACUCCAAGGAUUGA